AUGAGGGCGAUACCAAAAGUAGAAAUUUGGAAGUCACCAGUACCAUAUCUCUUUGGUGGUCUCUCUUUGCUUCUUUUGCUUAUAGCUUUGGCAUUACUCUCAUUGUUGUGCACAAACCGGAAAUCUCCUUCUGACAAUGACAAUCCCAUCGACGAAGAAGAGAACGGCGCCGGUGAUAAGGAACCUAAGACUAUUGUGGAAGAGUGUUUACCUAAGAUCGUCGUGAUUUUGGCCGGAGACGAUAAACCUACUUGCUUGGCCGUUCCGGUGAUUCUUCCGCCGUCUUCUAUCUAUCGUUGUAACUGCGGCAAUGUUACUGUCGCUUCAACCUAA